GCUUCAAACUCGGUUCUGCCCUGACCAAUUUUGAAGGAGGUUCCUGGUUAGAAACUCAGAUGCCAGCUGAGGUGAAUAUGAGUGCGAGCGAUGCACUGCAGAUGCACUUGCCCGACAUCCACUGACUCGACUCCUCGAUAGACAAAUACCUACUUCGUUCUCUCAUUCCAAUCCCAAAUGCUUUUGUUUACGUCCUCUCUACCUCAGUCGUCUUCGCGUUCAUACUAGUAUCGCUAUCCUACCCUCAGGCGCAGUCUAACAAGAUGGAGGCCUUGCACACCAUUCUUCACAUUCGCGCGCAGGCUCCUGAUACAAACGCCAACGACGAUCAAAACGUGGGCUCCAGCCGCUCAACCUCGCCAUCUCUCUCCGGUCUCAUCUCUACCCUCGUUCCGACUUUGAUCAUCGCAUGCGCAUACUUUGCCCUCUUCGUCGUCCUACGCGCCAGAUUCCCUAGACAAUAUGCUCCUCGGACAUACUUGGGCGCUUUGCGGCCGCAAGAACGUACACCUGCACCGCCUAACACCUUGUUUGGAUGGAUUCCGUUUAUGAGAAAGCUCCCGGAUGAGUACGUCCUUCAACACAACUCCCUUGAUGGCUACUUCCUGCUCCGUUACCUCAAAAUGUCCAUCAUCAUCUGUUUCGUUGGUUGCUGUAUUACCUGGCCUAUCUUGUUUCCUGUCAACGCAACAGGCGGUGGUGGUCAGAGUCAACUCAACCUUCUGAGCUUCAGCAACGUAACGAACAAGAAUCGAUAUUAUGCCCAUGUCUUUGUCGCCUGGAUCUUCAUAGGCUUCAUCUUCUUCCUGGUUACACGGGAGAUGAUUUACUACAUAAAUCUGCGGCAAGCUUAUCUGUUGUCCCCAUUGUACGCAUCGCGAAUCUCGUCCAGAACGGUUCUCUUCCAGUCAGUACCCAUCGAAUACGCAAAUGAAGCAAAAGUUCGCCGAAUGUUCGGUGACGAACUCAAGAGCGUGUGGGUUGUCUCGGACGCCAAACACCUGGAAGACAUGGUGAAAGACCGUUACAAGGCUUGCAUCAAACUUGAGACAGCCGAAACCAAACUCAUCAAGCUUGCCAAUAAUGCCCGCCUCAAGUCCAUCAAAGGUCAACCUGGGGAUGCCCAGCCAACGCCGGUUGCUGCUGACGAAGAGAACGGCAACGAGUCAGGCGCAGCGGCCUCUCGCUGGGUUAGACCAAAAGACCGUCCCACGCAUCGCUUGAAACCAUUGAUUGGUAAGAAGGUCGAUACCAUCGAUUGGUGCCGAGAGAAAAUUGCGAGACUGAACCCACUUAUCGAGACCGAACAAGAAAAGUACCGAUCAAGCGAGUUGAAACCCAGAAAUGCGGUCUUUGUGGAAUUCUGGAAUCAGACCCAAGCUCAGAGCGCCUUUCAGAUGGUGGCCCAUCAUCAACCGUUGCAUAUGUCUCCCCGUGUCGUGGGUCUGAGUCCUGAAGAGGUGGUUUGGUCAAACCUGGGCAUUACCUGGAAGACUCGAACAAUCCGCAAUGUCGUCUCGCUCGCGUUUGUUACAGUUCUCAUCAUCUUCUGGUCUAUCCCAGUCGCCGUCGUCGGUUCCAUUUCACAAAUAUCAUAUUUGACCGAGGUUGCUCCAUUCUUGAAGUUCAUCAACAAGUGUCCCAGUGUGAUCCUAGGAGUCAUCACCAAUCUCUUGCCGACCAUCAUGCUCUCGAUCCUGAUGUCUCUUGUGCCCACCAUCAUGAGGUUCAUGGGAAAGGUGGCGGGAUUGCCAACCCUCUCUCUGAUUGAACUCCGUUGUCAUGAAUCAUUCUUCUGGUUCCAGAUUAUACAAGUUUUCUUGGUCACAACCAUGACCUCUGCAGCAAGUGCUGCGGUCCCUCAGAUUAUCAAGAAUCCGGGCUCCAUCACCACGCUUUUGGCUAAGAACCUGCCGCUGUCAUCAAACUUCUACAUCUCCUACUUCAUCUUGCAAGGCUUGGUAUUUUCUUCAGGCCAACUGUUGCAAAUUGUUGGCCUGAUUUUGUUCAACCUUCUCUCAAAGUUCCUCGACAAGACUCCCAGGAAAAUGUAUGCUCGGUGGUCGAGCCUGUCCUCCGUAGGAUGGGGCUCCGUCUUUCCUGUCCUUGAAAUGAUGACAGUCAUCUCCAUCACUUAUGCGCCUAUUGCUCCUCUGAUGAUGGGGUUUGCGACGCUCGGCCUUGGACUUUUCUACUUCGCUUACCGAUAUAACCUGCUGUUUGUCGACAGUUCCGUGAUCGAUACGAAAGGUCUUGUUUAUUCGAAGGCGUUGCAACAUACCCUGGCCGGCUGUUACCUUGCAGUCGUUUGCCUUAUUGGCCUGCUGGCCAUCAGAGCGGCGGCAGGUCCAUUGGUCCUCAUGGUGAUCUUUCUGAUUGUAAUGAUCCUUUAUCACAUCUCUCUGACAUCAGCUGUGGAGCCACUCUUACAUUUUCUUCCUCGGUCGCUCGAGUCCGAAGAGGCUGCACUUCUUCAGUCAGAAUCUCCAGGUGCCUCAUCGUCCAAAGCGCAUGGCAAGGACAAUCUGUUCGAAAAGAAUGGAGUGGAAGAAUUGACAAAUACCAAGCGCGCCAUGCAACCGGGCGGUAACAAGCAUGUCUCGAUGUUCAAGAAGUUCCUUAGGCCUGACGUCUAUGCCAGCUAUGCGGUGCUGCGGAAACUCGUUCCACAGGAUUAUGCGGAGAUCAGAUACUCGCCUGAAGUUGAGAGGGACGCCUAUCAAGAUCCGGCCGUCAACGCCAUCGCGCCUUUGUUGUGGGUGCCUCAUGAUGAGAUGAGAGUGUCGCGGCAGGAAUGUUUGCAUACCAACAAAGUGACGCCCAUGACUGAUGAGGGAGCGUCGUUUAAUGAAAAGGGCAAAAUUGUCUGGGAUGAGGAGGAGUCUGGCGGACGUCCACCGAUCUUUGAGGAAAAGAUUUACUAUUGAAGCUGCAGUGUCUGAGAGGCGAGGCCCGGCGAAAAGAUUCAAGUCAAGUCAUGCUUGAAGGUUGUUCCCGACGGACUCCAGUCUAGAAUGCAGGGCUGCAGAGGUCUGAUCAGGGUUGGCAGUUGUUUUGUGUAUGAAUGAUACCCCAUAAGCUAUACGUUAUUAGUUACUAUUGAUACUGUUUGGAGCAUGAGGAAGUGAAUAUUGUUGCCGUUUGACCAUGCCUGACGCUGGUCUAGUGCCUGGUUGCCACUCACAGCAGCUCCCUUUACGGUAGAUUGAAAGUUGCAAACCCUUCAACAGCGUCGACUUCGUGUAGGUAAU